AUGACCUCUUCCGCCCCUCCGAACCCUAGCCCCAUCCCCGUCCCCGUCCCCGUCCCCACUCCGAUCCCCACCGCGAACGGGACCGCCUCAUCACCCAAGGAUCAGCCGCCGCCGCCGCAGCAGCAGGGGGGCGGCCAGGAGGAGGCAGCGGCGGCGGAUGGGGGAGGCGCCGAGGCUGCGGAGGCGGGAGUAGCAGCCGGUGUUGCGGCCGAGGCUAUGGAAGUGGAUGGGGGCUCUGGCGCGGGGGAUGCGGAGGUGGGCGUCUCGGUGGGAGGAGGAGGAGGAGGCGCUGGGGCGGGUGGAGGAGCGCAGCAGGCCUCGCCGGCUACCGUGUUCCGGAUUCGGCUCAAGCAGUCGCCCGCGAGCCUCCGGCACAAGAUGCGCGUGCCCGAGCUCUGCAGAAACUUCAGUGCAGUUGCUUGGUGUGGGAAACUGAAUGCAAUUGCUUGCGCAUCAGAGACUUGUGCACGUAUUCCAAGCUCCAAUUCAAGUCCUCCAUUUUGGAUUCCUAUACAUAUCCUGAAUCCAGAGAGACCAACAGAAUGCUCUGUAUUCAAUGUGAAAGCAGAUUCUCCACGUGACUUUGUUCAGUUCAUUGAAUGGUCUCCUCGGUCCUGCCCUCGUGCAUUGCUAGUGGCAAAUUUUCAUGGGCGGAUCACUAUAUGGACACAGCCAACAAAGGGUCCUGUAAAUCUUGUACGUGAUACAAGCUCGUGGCAGUGUGAACAUGAAUGGCGUCAAGAUCUUUCUGUGGUGACCAAGUGGUUGUCAGGAAUUUCUCCGUAUAGAUGGCUUCCUACAAACUCCACUAGUUCAAACCUGAAGACCUUUGAGGAAAAAUUCCUCACCCAACAGCCUCAGAGUUCAGUGGGAUGGCCAAGUAUUCUAUGUGUUUGUUCAGUUUUUUCAUCAGGUUCUGUUCAGCUUCAUUGGUCACAGUGGCCUUCUCAAAACUCAGCACAUCCUAGAUGGUUUUCUACUAGCAAAGGGCUUCUAGGAGCAGGACCCAGUGGCAUAAUGGCUGCUGAUGCUAUUGUAACAGAAUCUGGAGCUUUACAUGUUGCUGGGGUACCCCUUGUUAAUCCAUCCACUGUAGUUGUUUGGGAAGUGAUGCCAGGUCAUGGAAAUGGUAUUCAGGCAACUGCAAAGAUAAAUGCAACAAGUUCUGUUCCUCCGUCUCUGAAUCCCCCUUCAUGGCCUGGUUUUGCUCCGCUAGCGGCCUACCUAUUUUCUUUGCAAGAUUAUCUUGUUUCUGAGGGUGCACAAACAAAAAAGCUGACAGACAAUGAGACUACUGAGGCUGCAUCAAUCCAUUGUUGUCCAGUUUCUAAUUUUUCAGCUUAUGUCAGUCCAGAAGCAGCUGCACAGUCAGCUACUACCACCACCUGGGGGUCUGGGGUCACUUCAGUUGCUUUUGAUCCGACUCAUGGAGGAUCAGUCAUUACAGUUGUAAUAGUUGAAGGGCAGUACAUGUCUCCUUAUGAUCCUGAUGAAGGACCUUCUAUCACUGGAUGGAGGGUGCAAUGCUGGGAAUCUUCGCGUCAACCUGUUGUUCUUCAUCCAAUAUUUGGAAGCCCUACUAGUUUAGGUGGGCAGCCUCCCAUGCAAACUGUUUGGUCUACUAGAGUUAAUAAAAGCAUUCCACCAACAGAGGACCUUAAAAAUCCUCAAACAUAUGUUCCGAUGCCGACGACAUCAGAUGAACGGAGCUCCUCUGAGUGCAGUGUUGACAGAGCGAACAGACUCAGCUUUGACCCUUAUGAUCUUCCAAAUGAUGUUAGACAACUGGCUCAAAUAGUUUAUUCUGCUCAUGGUGGUGAAGUUGCCGUUGCUUUCCUCCGUGGAGGAGUGCAUAUUUUCUCAGGUCCAAAUUUUGAUCAGGUUGACAGCUACCAUGUCAAUGUUGGCUCUGCUAUUGCUCCACCAGCCUUUUCGUCAAGCAGUUGCUGCUUGGCAUCAGUUUGGCAUGACACUCUCAAAGAUCGAACCAUACUGAAGAUAAUACGUGUCCUUCCUCCUGCAAUUCUUAGCACGCAAACAAAGAUCAGCUCAGCAGCAUGGGAGCGUGCAAUAGCAGAUAGAUUUUGGUGGAGUCUAUUGGCUGGAGUUGAUUGGUGGGAUGCUGUUGGUUGUACACAGAGUGCUGCCGAAGAUGGUAUAGUUUCACUUAACAGCGUGAUAGCUUUUCUGGAUGCGGACUUCCAUUCUCUUCCGACUAUGCAACAGAGGCAGCAGCACUGUCCUAACCUUGAUAGGAUAAAGUGUAGGUUGUUGGAAGGAACAAAUGCCCAAGAUGUACGUGCACUUGUGUUGGACAUGCAAGCAAGAUUACUUCUGGAUAUGCUAGGCAAAGGAAUCGAGUCUGCCCUUACAAAUCCAUCAACUCUGCUACCUGAGCCGUGGCAAGCUUCUAGUGAUAUGUUAUCCAGCAUCGAACCGGACAAAAUGACUGUUGAGCCAGCUCUACUUCCAAACAUCCAGGGUUACGUUGAUGCUGUUCUUGAUUUAGCAUCACAUUUCAUAACACGCUUGCGACGUUAUGCGAGUUUCUGUCGAACUCUGGCUAGCCAUGUGGGACCAUCUUCUACCACAGGCACUUCUAGAAACAUGGUUACAAGUCCAACAAACAGUUCUCCUUCGCCAUCAAAUAAUCAAGGUAAUCAAGGGGGAUCAACAACAUCUGCAACAGGAAACUCACAAAUGCAGGAGUGGGUCCAAGGUGCAAUUGCUAAGAUUAGUAACAAUUCUGAUGGUGCUGCUACUGCAACACAAAAUCCAAUGAGCACGAGGUCAUCAUUUAUGCCCAUCAGCAUUAAUACGGGCACUUUCCCUGGCACACCUGCUGUUAGACUUAUUGGGGAUUGCCAUUUUCUUCAUAGAUUAUGUCAAUUACUGCUAUUUUGUCUUCUUUUCCGAAGAAGGCAAUCGCCAAGGUUAUUGGCAAAUUCACAAAAAAAUCAAGAUUUUGCUAUCCAGAAAAUACAGCACAUGAUGAAUGCUAAGACAGAGGACAACAGUACGACAGUAAGAUCUGGUCUAGGGGCUGCCAAAGUAGAAGAUGGCCAGUCUACGCGUGGUGGGCAAUUUGUUCUUGGUGCGAAGGGUCCUGAAGAAAAUCUGAUUGGCAAAUCUGUUAGAAUAGGUUCUGGCAACGCUGGGCAAGGUUAUACUUCAGAUGAGGUCAAGGUCCUUUUUCUUAUAUUGGUUGACCUGUGUCGAAGGACAUCUACCUUGCCGCAUCCAUUGCCUGCCUCUCAGGUUGGUUCCAGCAGCAUUAUAAUAAGGUUGCACUACAUUGACGGCAAUUACACUGUGCUCCCUGAGGUAGUGGAAGCAUCUCUUGGUCCCCAUAUGCAGAAUAUGCCUCGUCCACGAGGAGCUGAUGCUGCUGGUCUUCUACUUCGAGAAUUAGAACUGCAACCUCCUGCAGAAGAAUGGCAUAGACGCAACAUGUUUGGUGGACCCUGGUCAGAACCAGAUGAUUUUGGUCCAUUGGACAAUAUGCCUCGUCUAAAAAUUAGUGGUUCCAUCAACUCUCAUUUGUCUGAUAUGGAAGAGGAUGCUGGCAGUUCGGUUGGGAUUCAUAGUCUUUGGCCAAGAAAGCGUAGGUUAUCUGAAAGAGAUGCGGCAUUUGGUCUGAAAACAUCUGUAGGUCUUGGAGGUUAUCUAGGUGUCAUGGGAUCUCGAAGGGAUGUUGUUACGGCUGUGUGGAGAACAGGUCUUGAUGGUGAAUGGUACAAGUGCAUACGUUGUUUACGGCAAACUUGUGCAUUUGCGCAUCCUGGUGCCCCAAAUCAGACAAAUGAACGUGAGGCUUGGUGGAUCAGUCGGUGGAGCCAUGCCUGCCCAAUGUGUGGGGGUUCAUGGGUGAAAGUUGUUUGA